AGGAAUUCAGGUCAGGAGUAGUGUUAAAGUCGUUGUUCAAAAUGCCGAAAAAACCACCGAAAAAUGGGUUUUUCUACUUCAUGAUAGAAUAUAAGAAAAAUGAAGAUAGUCGUGGAAGAGGAAUCAGCCUCACGCAAGCGUCCGAAAAGGCUGGAGUGAAGUGGCAGAAAAUGAAUGCCGAGCAGCGUGCUCCGUACGAGGAAAAAGCAAAGAAAAAUCGCGACAACCACGGGGAAAAGCUCACCGCACAAGGGAUACCGUACUCCCAGGUUGAGGCACAGAAGCGUGAGCGAGAGACUAAAGUCCUUGGCCAUCACCAGCGACUCAGGACAACACUGCAGCAGGCAACAAAAAGAAACGCUCUGGACAAGCAAAUUUUCUAUUUCAUAGCGUUCGCAUACUUUUGUGAGGACACAGAGGGAAACUUCAUACCGGCCGAGAUGGCCGUUGUCCGCUUUAACCUGGAACGAGGUGUCCAUGACAAGCUGCACGUUAGGAUUGAUCCACAAAGGUUGCCGAUCGGCAUGGCGUACCUAGCGAUGAAGCACGCCGAAGAGGACCAUCAGCUACCCGUGCCACCGAAUGCGAAGGGGGAGACGGAUUUGAAUAUGAUCACAAGUCUGCUCCUAUCGUUCCUCGGCCAGGACGGUAGCGGCGAGCUGCCCAUGCUGUUCACCGACCGCGACGAUGUGGCCAAGGUGGAAAGUAUGUUGGAGUGGCUUUUCCAAGGCACGGACGAGUGCAACUUGGCCGUAUGCUCACUGGCGGAAAUGUUCUUUCAGCUGAAGUGCAGCACCGAAAGCUUCGGGUUGGAUGUGAAACUGUUUGGCUCGGUGCACCGUGCCCAGCAGCUCAUUACGCGGGACAUCUACGACUACACGGCAGGCAUUGCCUGCGAUGACCACGAGGCAAUGGACAACGUGAAGAACUGUCCUCUGUCGCGGUGUGUUCGCUGGGCCUAUGUGAUCGCGGACAACUGCUGCCUCGAUCUGGGCAUCGAUCUGCAGCCCGGCCGGCACGUGCCAUCGAACGCAAACACUUCGUCGCAGUUCGCGAGCGGAACAAGUACGGGCGGGUAUACGACGGGCUCGGCCGACGACGAAGAUACGACUUCGUACGUGUCCGGUUCGUACGUUUCGCGUAUGACGUACCCUUCGCUGGUGCAAUCCGGUAGUCUCGCGUCUCGUGCCAGUUCGUCCAGGAACGCGUGGGAAGGUAGCAACGAUAGCAAAGUUGGCUUGAAGGAAACUUUUAAGCAAGAACCGAAUUGGCCUGAGUUACCAACGAGUCGGUUGACUCGGAAGAACGAUCCGGAGCAUGGAAACACUCACGAACCGGUUGCCGGUCGAUCGCAGCCCGAAGACGAUACUUGGUCGGUUGUUUCGAAAGGAUCGUCGCGCGGUCGCGGCCGUGGCAUUAUGUUGCCAGAUUUUCUCUCCCUGGGAGGCGCCGGACGUGGAAAAAUUCCUAAAUAAUUUCAGUUUUCGAUAAAUAAAUGCCAAGAAGCAUACAUUUUGAUCUCCUUUAUUGCACUGGAAACAGGGCGAGUGCUAGAACGCGAGUCGGAAAGAGGAGCAAACUUGCAAGUUUAACUAUAGUUUAUUAAUUUCAUUAUUCUCAUCUCAUAAUCCCAGGCUGUUUUAUAGUUCAUAGUUACACAAUGUACAUAAUGUUGGAGAAAGGGAGUAAAACAUUGGGAUGCCGUGCGAAAAGAGUAACGUAGUAACACGAGUAUAUAAGAACAACAUAACCUCGUUUUUACAUUCAAAUUUCUACGACUACGAUGUCGGCGGCCAGGCCGGGUUUUAGGGGGUUGAAACAGCAUAUAUGUACACAUACGCAAUCCCUGUGUUGACCAGAUGCACCGCGUCCAGCUCAAACGUUUUUGUGGGAAAAGAACGAUAGUACUGUGAACUACUGUUACACGUUGUUUACAAAACAGUGUCCAACCUGGCUUACACUGGUUUUGGCAUCCACUGUACCACGCUUGAAAUCAAAUUCCACCGGUGUGUAUUGAGAUCAGUGCGGGUUUUAGUUCUCUUCAAUGCCUUCACGUUUGUAGUCUCGUACGCUAUGGACUCUAACUAUAACCGCAGUU